AUGCGCCGCGCCGACCUGAUCGUGCCCUAUGCCGAGCCAGAGAAGGCCAAGGACGACAACGACAUGUCGAGCACGCUCUCGAGCACACUGCCCAUGGCUGCUAUCUUCACGCGGAACAAGAUGAUCGGCUGGGUUGCUGUAGUAUUCGCUAUCCAGUCGUGGCUUGCUGAGACCCCCGAGCAGAAGAAGACGUCGACUACACCCGCCUACUUCCAGGUUGGCAUGUCUGCCAUGUCGCUCCUCGUUACCUACUCGUCAAUAUUCCUCCCCCCACCACCUAUCAGGCCGGGCCAAGCAUCUGGCACGGAGGCGUUUGCUGCUGCGCCGCCGUCCCCACCCAAGAAAUCGCCGCUACCCAAAGCAUCCAUACCCAACUACCCCCCACCUACACGCGCGCUCACCGACUGUCGUAUGUCCAUCGAGAACCUCAAGACCUUCGACCCGUUCGCGGAAGCGGAUGAAGAUACCGGCCAGGUCAAGCAGACUCAGCAGGACUACAUUCAUAUUCGUAUCCAACAGCGCAAUGGCCGCAAGACCUUGACGACUGUCCAAGGUCUCCCCAAGAAAUUUGACCAGAAGAAGAUCCUCAAGGUGAUCAAAAAGAAGUUUGCCUGCAAUGGCACCAUUGUAAGCGACGCCGAGAUGGGCGAAGUCGUCCAACUCCAGGGCGAUCAGCGCAAAGACGUCCAGGACUUCUUGACCGACAAGAAGGAGGGACUUGGUCUCGAUGCGAAGACGAUCAAGUCGUCCAUGACUACUACCUUGUGCCUCCUCGAUAUGCCAGCUGCCCUCGUCCGUGGCACGGCUAAAGCGGCACAGCUUUUUGUAAGCUUGCGUCAUACGCCUCUAUACCAGGAUGAAGAGAGGGGCGGAGUACGAGGCUGGUUCGAGCACAUGCGCGGCAGUGGAAUGCUGGGCGCCGAAUGA